CGCGCGUGCCGCGCUCCAACGGCCCUAACGGCCGCAACCGUCACGUGUCUCCUCUCCCCUCUCCUCCAUGGGUGCCGCGCGGGGUGCGUCACUUCCGGGCCGCUGCUGGGGGAGCUCCGGACUCGCGGGAGAGCCGGCUACAGAAUAAUGUCCACAUUUCGCUCCAGAUCAUCCCCUCCUCCCAGCGGGAAGGAAAUGGCUUCAAUGGAGCUGGCUCAGGGGUUGGUGACUUUCGAGGAGGUGGUUGUGUAUUUCACCAAGGGGGAAUGGCCUCUGCUGGACCCCACUCAGAGAUCCCUCUACAGGGAUGUCAUGCAGGAGAACUAUGAGACGGUGGUCUUGCUGGGGUUUCCAGUUUCCAAACCUGAUGUGAUCUCGCAGCUGGAACGAGGUGAAGAGCCGUGGGUCCCGGACCUCCAGGGCUCUGAGAAAGAAGUGCUCCCAAGAGCUGCCUUCACAGGGACUGACCUAUGUCUGGAUUCUCUCUGUCUCCCAUCAGGUGAUGGGAUGGUGAGUGAGAAUGAGGAGGAGAAACCCCAUCAGGAAGAUGCUGAGCAAGUAGAACCACAUGGAAUGUUAUCAGGAAGAUCCAAAGGGAAUGUUUCCGGGAGUAGUGCACUCCGAGAAAAAGCAAAAGCCUGUGAGACUCAGGAGAGGUCAGAGGAAAACUUUAGUAGCCACUCAGACCUUAUAACAAGCAACAGAAUCAACUUGAAAGAGAGACACUACACAUGCUCCGAGUGUGGGAAAAGCUUCAGUUGGAGCUCAGAUCUUGUUGCACAUAGGAGAAUCCACAUGGGCGAGAAACUUUAUGGACGCUCUGAGUGUGGGAAACGCAUCAUCGAUAGUUCAACCCUCAUCUCACAUCAGCGAAUCCAUACAGGAGAGAUGCCCCACACAUGCUCUGAGUGCGGAAAAAGCUUCAGUCGGAGCUCACACCUUAUCACACAUCGUAGAAUCCACACAGGAGAGACGCCCUACACAUGCUCUGAGUGUGGGAAAAGCUUCAAUCACAGCUCUACCCUUAACCCACAUCAGAGAAUCCACACAGGGGAGAAGCCCUACACAUGCUCUGAGUGUGGGAAAAGCUUCAAUCACAGCUCAAACCUUAUCACACAUCGUAGAAUCCACACAGGAGAGACGCCCUACACAUGCUCUGAGUGCGGAAAAAGCUUCAGUUGUAGCUCACACCUUAUCAGACAUCAGAAAAUGCACACAGGGGAGAAGCCCUACACAUGCUCUGAGUGUGGGAAAAGCUUCAAUCAGAGCUCAAACCUUAUCACACAUCGUAGAAUCCACACAGGAGAGACGCCCUACACAUGCUCUGAGUGCGGGAAAAGCUUCAGUUGUAGCUCACACCUUAUCAGACAUCAGAAAAUGCACACAGGGGAGAAGCCCUACACAUGCUCUGAGUGCGGGAAAAGCUUCAGUUGUAGCUCACACCUUAUCACUCAUCAGAGAAUCCACACAGGGGAGAAGCCCUACACAUGCUCUGAGUGUGGGAAAAGCUUCAGUCACAGCUCUGCCCUGAUCGCACAUCAGAGAAUCCACACAGGAGAGACGCCCUACACAUGCUCUGAGUGCGGGAAAAGCUUCAAUCAGAGCUCACACCUUAUCACACAUCGUAGAAUCCACACAGGAGAGAAGCCCUACACAUGCUCUGUGUGUGGGAAAAGCUUCAGUGAUAGCUCAAGCCUUAUUAGACAUCAGCAAAUCCACAUGAGAGAGAAACGCUACACAUGCUCUGAGUGCGGGAAAUGCUUCAGUCGGAGCUCAGACCUUAUCUCACAUUGGAGAAUCCAUACAGGAGAGAAGCCCUACACGUGCUCCGAGUGCAGGAAAAGCUUCAAUGAGCACUCACACCUUAUCACACAUAGGAGAAUCCACAUGGGUGAGAAACCGUAUGGAUGCUCGGAGUGUGGGAAAUGGUUCAUUUAUCGUUCAGGACUCAUCUUACAUCAGAGAAUCCACACAGGAGAGAAGCCCUACACAUGCUCUGAGUGUGGGAAAAGCUUCAAGCAGAGCUCUACCCUCAUCACACAUCAGAGAAUCCACACAGCUGAGAAGCCCUACACAUGCUCUGAGUGUUGGAAAAGCUUCAAUCACAGCUCAAACCUUAUCUCACAUAGGAGAAUUCAUGUGGGAGAAAAGCUUCAGUACUGUAACAGCAUUAACGUGGAAUUACAGAUCAUCCUCUUGGGUCAUCCUACAUAUCUCACCAUGCAGAGUACUCCAGGCUACAGAUUAACAUCCACGUUUUGCUCCAGAUCAUCCCAUCCUUGCAGCUGGAAGGAAAUGGCCGCAACGGAGCUGGCUCAGGGGCCCGUGACUUUCGAGGAGGUGGCUGUGUAUUUCACCAGGGAAGAGGGGGCUCUGCUGGACCCCACUCAGAGAGCCUUCUACAGGGAUGUCAUGCAGGAGAACUAUGAGAUGGUGGUCUUGCUAGGGUUUCCAAUUUCCAAACCUGAUGUGAUCUCGCAGCUGGAACGAGGGGAAGAGCCGUGGGUCCCAGACCUCCAGGGUUCUGAGAAAGAAGUGCUCCUGAGAGCUGCCUGCACAGGGACUGACCUAUGUCUGGAUUCUCUCUGUCUCCCAUCAGGUGAUGGGAUGGUGAGUGAGAAUGAGGAGGAGAAACCCCAGCAGGAAUAUGCUGAGGAAAUAGAACCACAUGGAACGUUACCAGAAAGAUCCAAAGGGAAUGUUUCCAGGAGUUGUGCACUCCCAGAAAAAGCAAAAGCAUGUGAGACUCAGCAGAGGCCAGAGGAAAACUUCAGUAGCCACUUAGACCUUAUUACACACGACAGAAUCAACUUGGAAGAGACACGCUACACAUGCCAUGAGUGCAGGAAAAGUUUCAAUCGGAGCUCAGACCUUCUCAUACAUCAGAGAACCCACACUGGAGAGAAACCCUACAUGUGCUCUGAGUGCGGGAAAAGCUUCAGUCGGAGCUCUGCCCUUAUCACACAUCGGAGAAUCCAUACGGGUGAGAAACCUUAUGAAUGCUCUGAGUGUGGGAAACGCUUCAAUCAGCGCUCAAACCUUACUGUACAUCAGACAGUCCAUAUAGGUGAGAAACCUUAUGAAUGCUGUGAGUGUGGGAAAAGCUUCAUUGAUAGUUCAACCCUCAUCUCACAUCAGCGAAUCCACUCAGGAGAGAUGCCCCACACAUGCUCUGCGUGUGGGAAAAGCUUCAAUCGGAGCUCAAACCUUAUCACACAUCGUAGAAUCCACACAGGAGAGACGCCAUACACGUGCUCUGAGUGUGGGAAAAGCUUCAAUCAGAGCUCUACUCUGAGCACACAUAGGAGAAUCCACACAGGUGAGAAACCAUAUGGUUGCUCUCAGUGUGAAAAAAGCUUCAGGCAUAGCUCAGCCCUCAUCUCACAUCAGAGAAUCCACACAGGAGAGACUCCCUACAUAUGUUCUGAGUGCGGGAAGAGCUUCAGUCACAGCUCUGCCCUGUUCAUACAUCAGAGGAUCCACACAGGAGAGACGCCCUACACAUGCUCUGAAUGUGGGAAAAGCUUCAAUCAGAGAUCUGCUCUGAUCGCACAUCAGAGGAUCCACACAGGAGAGACACCGUACACGUGCUCUGAAUGUGGGAAAAGGUUCAAUCGGAGCUCUGCCCUUACCACACAUCAGAGAAUCCACACGGGUGAGAAACCUUAUGGAUGCUCUGAGUGUGGGAAAUGCUUCAGGCAUAGCUCAGCCCUCAUCUCACAUCAGCGGAUCCACACAGGAGAGACACCCUACACAUGCUCUGAGUGCGGGAAGAGCUUCAAUCAGCGCUCAAACUUUAUCACACAUCAGAGAAUCCACACAGGUGAGAAACCUUAUGGAUGCCCUGAGUGUGGGGAACGCUUCAUUCGUCGUUCAGUCCUCAUCUUACAUCAGCGAAUCCACACAGGAGAGAUGCCCUACACAUGCUCUGAGUGCGGGAAAAGCUUUAGUGGGCACUCAGCCCUUAUCACACAUCUUAGAAUCCACACAGGGGAGAAACUCUACUCGUGCUCUGAGUGCAGGAAAAGCUUUAAUCAGCGCUCAAACCUUAUCACACAUCGGAGAAUCCACAAGGGAGAGAAACCUUAUACAUGCUCUGAGUGUGGGAAAUGCUUCAUUCGUCGUUCAGUCCUCAUCUUACAUCAGAGAAUCCACACAGGAGAGAAGCCCUACACAUGCUCUGAGUGCGGGAAAAGCUUCAAUCACAGCUCUGCCCUGAUCAAUCAUAGGAGAAUCCACACAGGGGAGAAGCCCUACCCGUGCGCUGAGUGUGGGAAAAGCUUCAGUCAGCGCUCACACCUUAUCAGACAUCAGAGAAUCCACACAGGGGAGACACCCUUCACAUGCUCUGAGUGCGGGAAAAGAUUCAAUCAGAGCUCAAACCUUAUCGCACAUAGGAGAAUCCACAUGGGAGAGAAACCUUAUACAUGCUCUGAGUGCGGGAAAAGCUUUAGUGAUAACUCAAGCCUUAUUAGACAUCAGAAAUUCCACAUGAGAGAGAACUGUAAUAAAUGCCUCGACUAACGCUGGCCGAAGAUUUUUUUUUUUUAAUCACAUUUGCUAAUUCCCACAUAGUGAUCUUUGCACCAUCUUCACCUUGGUCUAUCCGCUCCCCUAGAUGAGUUGCCUCCUUCUGCCUUUUGCAGCUCACCCUUCUUUGGAGUCAGUCCUGUGAUCUUUUCUAUCAACUCCUUUCCUUUUGAGUCGCAGGAGUUUGUGUCCCUCCAGCCAGGAAUGUUCAUUGGCUCCAGGUGGGAGAGAGAGUUUUGAUCCCAACAAGCUACACUGAGGCAAAAACUACCUGUACCUGACAUCCACUAGGACUGUACAUGGCUUUGGCUGCUCAAGUUAGUGAUCUUGAUACCAUUCUAGUUGUAGUGCAGAUGCAGCUCAGGUGCAGUGGUUGGCGUUAGCUUUCGCCUUGAGCUAACAUAAAUUCCAUCACUUUUCCUAGUCUAACAAACCCUGAGCAUCACAGUUAUACUGUUCCCCCAUUUCAAAGCAAUUUUUAGUCAUCAAGUUCCCCCUUCAGGAAGAAAUUGUUUCAUUCCCAGUUGCUCUGUUGUUGCUUCAGGUUGUGCUGGAGAGGAGAUAUUUUUACUACCAUUUUCCUCAUUUAAAAUAUAUUGAACUAGAACAAAGAGCAGGAAGAGGGCAGGGAUAGGGAAAAUGUCAUUUUACCCUCUGUAACAACAGAAGAAGAUAGGGUAAGUCAGAGGGAUUCCCUUAUUCCCCAUUACCAUCCCAAUCCCCCUGUUGUUCAAUUGGUUAGGUCAAUAUUUUUUCUAAAGGGCUGGGAAGAGGAUUCCCUAGUAAAUGACUUGUAACUAAGCAAAAUACCCAUAUAUUUGGCUCCCAAAACAGUUGUGGCCCAGGGCCUGCAGGAGGUCACUCCUGAAGAUAUCUCCUUCCUAAUCAGCUGCAUGUUGCCUAUUAUUUGGGAAAUGCAAUCCCUAUCUAGGUAGAGAUGGGGAAAAUGGAAGUGACAUUUCUCUUCAGCUUCCCCCGGGAGAUGCUGCAAAUGUGUAGAAAAUGAAAUCUGUGUUAAUUGUGAUAUAGCUGCAGAAAGAUACCUAUUUUUAAUAGAUACCUGGCAUUUGGUGUCUUACAGAGAUUCUAAGCUGCACCUGAAUUUUGUCCCUAAUUUAAAUCUGUGCCACCAGAUUAAAGAAAUAAAAAGGCAUAUUUUGGGGAGUUAUAUCUCACUAUCGCUACUGAUACGUUGUGUGGUUGGUGAAGAAUUCUAUGCCAGAGAAGUGUCAAAUUACUCCAAGUAGGGUCAAAGAUUUGACAAGAACUCAUGUAGAAAUUGCAGAUACUAGUGGUUGAUUUUCACCCCAGAGAUGGAAGGUAUGGUGACCAGUGGCCCAGGUAAACUAUUUUUAGAAUGCUGCUCCCUAGUUAAGUGGCAUUGGUCACACUCCUAUCGGAUGCCAUGACUAAAUUGGGCACAACUGUCUUUUACCUUUGGAUCCAAAGUUUCAUGAAGCACAGAGAGAAUCAUAGAAGAUUAGGGUUGGAAGAGACCUCAAGAGGUCAUCUAGUCCAACCCCAUGCUCAAAGCAGGACCAACAUCAACUAAAUCAUCCCAGCCAGGGUUUUGUCAAGCCGGGCCUUAAAAACCUCUAAGGAAGGAGAUUCCACCACCUCCCUAGGGAACCCAUCCCAGUGCUUCACCACCCUCCUAGUGAAAAAGUUUUUCCUAAUAUCCAACCUAAACCUCCCCCACUGCAACUUGAGACCAUUACUCCUUGUUCUGUUAUCUGCCACCACUGAGAACAGCCGAGCUCCAUCCUCUUUGGAACCCCCCCUUCAGGCAGUUGAGGGCUGCUAUCAAAUCCCCACUCACUAUCCCAUCCCAGGGGGGAGGGAUAGCUCAGUGGGUUUGAGCAUUGGCCUACUAAACCCAGGGUUGUGAGUUCAAUCCUUGAGGGGGCCACUUGGGGAUCUGGGGCAAAAUCAGUACUUGGUCCUGCUAGUGAAGGCAGGUGGCUGGACUCAAUGACCUUUCAAGGUCCCUUCCAGUUCUAGGAGAUGGGAUAUCUCCAUUAAUUUUUUUUUUCUCUUCUGCAGACUAAGCAAGUCUAGUUCAUUCAGCCUCUCCUCAUCAGUCAUGUGCCCCAGCCCCCGAUUAUUUUUGUUGCCCCUUGCUGGACUCUCUCCAAUUUCUCCACACCCUUUCUGUAGUGGGGGGCCCAAAACUGGACGUAUUACUCCAGAUGUGGCUUCACCAGUGCCAAAUAGAGGGGAAUAAUCACUUCCCUCUAUCUGCUGGCAGUGCUCCUACUAAUGCAGGCCAAUAUGCUCUUAGCCUUCUUGGCAAUGAGGGCACACUGCUGACUCAUAUCCAGCUUCUCAUCCACUCUAAUCCCCAGGUCCUUUUCUGAAGAACUGCUGCUUAGCCAGUCGGUCACCGGCCUGUAGUGGUGCAUGGGAUUCUUCCAUCCUAAAUGCAGUACUCUGCACUUGUCCUAGUUGAACCUCAUCAGAUUUCUUUUGGCCCAAUCCUCUAAUUUGUCUAGGUCACUCUGGACCCUAUCCCUACCCUCCAGCAUAUCUACCUCUCCCCCUAGUUUAGUGUCAUCCACAAACUUGCUGAGGGUGCAAUCUAUCCCAUCAUCCAGAUCAUUAAUAAAUAGGUUGAACAAAAAAAGCGGCCCCAGGACCGACCCCUGGGGUACUCUGCUUGAUACUGGCUGCCAACUAGACAUUGAGCCUUUAAUCACUACCCGUUGAGCCUGACAUUCUAGCCAGCUUUCUAUCCACCUUAUAGUCCAUCCAAUCCAUAUUUUUUUAACUUGCUGGCAAGAAUACUGUGGGAUACCGCAUCAAAAGCUUUGCUAAAGUCAAGGUAUAUCACAUCCACUGCUUUCUCCAUAUCCACAGAGCCAGUUAACUCUUCAUAGAAGGCAAUCGAGUUGGUCAGGCAUGACUUGCCCUUGGUGAAUCCAUGCUGACUGUUCCUGAUCACUUUUCUCUCCGCUAAGUGCUUCAGAAUUGAUUCCUUGAGGACCUGCUCCAUGAUUUUUCCAGGGACUGAGGUGAGGCUGACCGGUCUGUAGUUCCCUGGGUUCUCCUUCUUCCCUCUUUUAAAGAUGGGCACUAUAUUUGCCUUUUUUCCAAUCAUCCGGGACCUCCCCUGAUUGCCACAAGUUUUCAAAGAUAAUGGCCAAUGGCUCUGCAAUCACAUCAGCCAAUUCCCUCAGCAUCCUCAGAUGCAUUAGAUCUGGACCCAUGCACUUGUGCAUGUACAGCUUUUCUAAAUAGUCCUUGUGACGUUAUUGACAUAAUCUGUAACUGUAUAGAUCACUGAUGCGACCACUGUUAUAUAUUUGCAGCAAAUAUUUUAUAAAGAUUGUUGUGUAAGAGGUCUAUGGAGAGGUUAUUGUUCUGCUGGUUAUGAUUAUGCUGUCUAUAUGUGUGUAUAAUUUUUGUAGUUGAAGUUAUGAAUAUUGCCUCUAUACUGUCUGUAUUUCAAACUUAUGCUAUGCUUCUGGGUGACACCCCAGACAAGUUGGUGUCAGCUCUGCCUAGCCUGCUUGAUGGCCCAUUAAGGACCAUCCGCUACACAAUUGACACAUUGGAGAAGGCAAAUACACCUUGUGACUCAGCAAAGUAUUCAGGGACUUGCCCAGGGGACUCCAGACUCCAUUUUCCUAUAAUUUUCCACAGUAAGGACAAAGAGGUGUCCUUACACCUGGAAGAGACUAUAAAAGGCUGAUGCCUCAUCUCCAUCUUGUCUUCAGUCCUGCUUCUUACCUCUGGAGGGACUUUGCUACAAACGGAAGCUCUGCACAAAGGAUGAUGACCCAUCUCAGCUGGGGAUGGACUCCAGAGACUUGAUUUGAACCUGCAGUUUAUUCUAUCACUACUACAAGCCUGAACCAAGAACUUUGCCAUUACUGCAUGUAAUUGAUUCGAUUUAACCAAUUCUACCUCUCAUCUGUAUCUUUUUCCUUUUAUGAAUAAACUUUUAGAUUUUAGAUUCUAAAG